GUGUUCACACUUCACACUUCACACUUCACACUUUAUUACUCCUGCCAAAAAAUCAUUGCAUUAAUACAACUUCCUACGGCUAUUAUAUUUCUUUUUCCACUCUUUUCUCUUGACUUGUCUUCCAGAAGACCCUUCUCUUAUAAUCUAUGCAAGACUCCUGAAAGAGGCCUUUCGCAUACAUACAUCAAGGUUCAAGGGAAGAGAAGAAGAACAAGAAGCAGAAGCAGAAGCCCGUCAAGCUAUUUCGUCAUAAUAUGAUACUGCAAAGUUGAAAAAUUUCCAAAUAUCUAAUUCGGCUGCACCACAACACAGUCAAUCAAUCAAUUAUUAAUCGUUCAUUCAUUGUGAAUAUUCACUCUUACAAGUCUUUUGACUAUAUCAAAUAAAAUCCUCUUACAGAUUACUUCUAGGAAAAUAAAAUAUCCAAUAUAGAACAAGUCGUCGAACCCUGGACUCAACAAAAGACAAGCAGCUUGACAAAUUCUUGUUGCAGCCAUGUGGCCAGCAAAUAACGGCUUUCCAAAUAAUGGACAAUAUCAAUCAAACUCCUUCAAUCAAGAUGAUCUAUCUGGAACUACACCACUGCAGUCUCCUUUCUCUGGCGGUGCACCAGGUCCCAAUUUCUUUCAACAGCCAAAUAUAUUACAAUAUGACGAAAUGAACAUUGAUGGUUACAACGGCUUCUCUCCCGAGAUUCCUUCAUACAAUCAGGCAGCUUUCGCACAAAAUCAAUUCAUAUCUCCCAAUCGACCACCAUACUCCCCUCAAUUGAACUCAACUAAUAACAGUGUGGCCCCUCUUACUCCUACGCCGACGAAAGAACAGCUUGCUGCCAAAACUGCCGAAUUAAGAGCAAGAUUGAUGAGAGGAAAAGAAGGCCGAGCCAACUCAGCUACCCCACCAGUUCCUGCGCCGGCAAAACAAAUAACUGCGAUAGAGUCGUCGAGCUCAUUGCAACCAUCCCCUAAGAGUCCUGCUCAAGGGGUAAUUAUCGACGAACAUUUACGCCGGGAAAAAGAGAUAAAUGAUCUCAUUUCUGAUUAUUCUGAGACCAAACCAAUAGCAGAACCAAAAAUGAACCCUGUGGCAAGAAUUGGUACCGCCAAAAGAACACCUCCCAUCAAUACAAACAUUCUAUCUACGAACUCCCAAAGUUCAGAAACUCCUACAAGAAUCAAGAAAUCCAGCGAUGAUCGAUCUAGUAAUGGCUUUUUAGCAGAGAUCGAAGUUAGGAAUGUCAGAAAUGGGUCGAUGUCGGAAGGAGAGAUACUAGAUGAGCCUAGCCCUAAGAAGCUUCCGCCCACGGAGCCAAGAGGAACUCAGAUCAAUAUAAAGUCGGCUAACGUUAAUGAGAAGUCUCUUAAACCGGAAGAUGAGCGCGCCAUUCGACCAGCUUAUAUCCGUGUAAAGGCUGAAGAACCUGGCCCCCUGACUCGACGUCCAGCACAAGCACAGCCAUCAAAACCCGAACCUCCUCGUUUUCGAGACGAACGUAGAGAAGAGGGCGAUUAUCGACCAGAAAGAAACCCAGCCACCGAUCAUAGAUAUGAAAAAAGGUCGCAUCAAGACACUGACAAAAACCAUCACCUACGCAGAUUUUCUCGUGAUAAUAAUGAUGAUUAUCGCCGUCCCGAGACUGCGAAGGAAGACGCCAAAUCUUCACGAGAGUCUAGACCACCAACACUGGCACAAGUUCUACCCCAUGACACUGAUUUGAGGGAAUGGCUAGACAUGACUCAGUAUCAUGAUGUAGUACACAGAAACAAGUUCUUAAAAACUGCACGAGCUCUGAAGGAAUUGGAAGAACAAAAAGCGAAGCUCUUAGCAGGUAUACAAGACGGUCAAAGUCUUGUAAAUUUUAACGUAGGAACCUUGAUGAACAGCUUGAUUCAACCUCAGAAUACCCCAGCGGUAACGGAGUCUACAGAUCUUCAUGAUCGUUUAACAUCUAACAAGCGCAACUACAGUGAAGUCCAAGAUUCUCAGGGGGAAGCAAACCAUGGAAAAGUAGCACGCCUUGAGGAUCGAGAACAUGAAAAUCGCCGUCGACAAAGUUCAGUAGACUAUGAUACCUCUCGCCGCGCCAAUGGUGACCGUGGAGGUCGUUCUUAUUUUGAAGAGUCUCGUAAUCGUGGUCGAAGCCGCAGUAAUGAUCGUGAAGUGUCCCCCGGUCUAAGGACCUUCGAGAGCAGACCCCCUGCACGGACUGCACACGAAAGAUCUUUUGAAGUACAUGGAAGUUACAGAGGAAAAGCCUUUGAUCCAAAUUAUCGAGGUCGAGGAGGUCGGGGAAGAGGCCGUGGUAACUGGGAGUCGCAUGAUUCAAGAAGUGAAGUUGGAUUUGGAUCGCGAAAUGCGCUUGGCAAACCUUAUAAAGACCCAAGAGGUUUUGAUCGAGGCGGGAAAGGUGAUACAAGAUACUUCAUAGUAAAAUCUUUCAACGAUGAGAAUGUUAUUAAAUGUAUAGAAGAUGGUAUUUGGACCACCCAAGCACAAAAUGGACCGAUCUUCAAGGAAGCCUUCGAGACCUGCAAAAACGUCAUUCUUAUCUUCUCAAUCAACAAAAGUCGAGCUUUUCAAGGUUAUGCGAGAAUGGAAACCCUCCCCGGUGCAAUCCAAAUUCCUUCCUGGCAAAAUUCGAUUAACUGGGAGAGCGCCGGAGCAUUUCGAGUUCGAUGGCUAGUCGUUUGCAAUGUGAGGUUUGGGAAGAUAGGACAUUUGAGGAAUGGAUUGAAUGACAAUUUACCGGUGCUGAUUGGAAAGGAUGGACAGGAGGUUGAAGAAGGGUGUGGGAGGGGAUUGUGUGAGUGUUUGGAUGGGGAGGUGGAGGAGGUUUUGGGAGAUUGGAGAGGUGGUGAAGAGUGAGGGGGUGAGGAAGGUAAGUUGGAGUGUAGAGGGUAGAGGAAAGUUGAGAACGGGGAGGAUGAAUGGGGAAGGAAUCUACUAUGGAUUAUCUUGUAAGUGAAUGGGUAGGAUUUCUAGUCCUGUUAUUCGUUGUUUAUAGCCCUUCUUUCUUUGCCUUUAUAUUUAAUUACGCCUUGGAAUUUCCAUCGGCCAGUCAAUAUAAACAUAUACACACAUACAUACAUACACACAGAAAUAAAGUUACAUUAUUA